CAUAGGCCUUAAAGUUGUGUUUGUUCAUUGCCUACGUUCUUUGUCAUUCAGCCAUGGGAAUGACACCGGAGUACGACUACUUGUUCAAGCUUCUGCUUAUCGGUGAUUCGGGUGUUGGCAAAUCUUGCCUCCUGCUUCGGUUUGCAGAUGACACCUACACCGAAAGCUACAUUAGCACCAUAGGAGUGGACUUCAAGAUCCGAACCUUGGACUUGGAUGGCAAGACGGUGAAGCUUCAGAUUUGGGACACCGCUGGGCAGGAGAGGUUCCGGACCAUCACCAGCAGCUACUACCGCGGUGCUCAUGGCAUUAUCGUGGUCUAUGAUGUCACCGACAAGGAGUCCUUCAACAAUGUGAAACACUGGAUGCAGGAGAUUGACAAGUAUGCAGCCGAUGGUGUGAACAAGCUUUUGGUAGGCAACAAGUGUGACUUGUCCUCCAAGAGGGUGGUCUCCUACGACGAGGCCAAGGAGUUGGCCGACUCCCUCGGCGUGCAAUUCAUGGAGACCAGUGCCAAGAAUGCGCAUAAUGUGGAGCAGGCCUUUCAGAUGAUGUCUGGGGAGAUUAAGGGUCGCGUGGCCUCGCAGCCCACCAGCUCGGUGCGGGCGGGCGGCGCGACGUUGGGCGCUGGCACGCGAGUCAGCCCAGGGGGCGGCUGCUGCAAGUAGCUCUGGAGGAAUGAAGAGGAUGAACUCUCUCAGCUUCGCCGCGGGCAGUACAGGGAGCUUGCGAGGCUUUGACUCGAGGGGGCCCGGCCCAUGCAGUCCCGGCCUGGAGAAAAG